ACUUUCUGUAACCGUUACAUAAGAUAAAUUUAACGAAAUGGAAAGCGUAGAAUUUUUAAAAAUUACAUUUCAACAAAUCAUUUGAUCAAGCAGAGAACAUCAUCAGCCGAUAAAGUAAAUUUUCAAAAAGGCGUGUCUAUUCAAUAAUGACAGGUUCAAAGUGUUGAUACCCCCGGGUUCAUUGUAAUUUACAAUAAAAUAAUAAAAUGAAUAGAUUUGAAUAUAUCCAAGCUCAAUUAAUAUCAAAUGAAAGUAAUAUUAGACGCGACCGUGGAAUCAGACUUUAUGAUGGAGAAGUCAGGACUAUUUAUGAGGGUGGUGAGGUAACACUAACAACUCAUAGAAUUAUUUACAAAACAACAGAUGAUGUCUCUUUUGCAUUACAACUUCGCUCAAUUAUAUUUUUUGAAGAAGAAAUUCCUGGGGCUUUGUUUUUCACACGUAGUAAAAAAGUUAUUUUACAUCUUGCUGAACCACCUAGUGAUAAACUAACUGGCCCGGUUAAUACAAGUAUACACAAUUAUAUAAAAUUAUCGUUUAAAGAGGGCUUUGAUCCACUGUUUGUUAUACAUUUGAGUGAUGUCUUAACAAAAAGACUUUGGGAAAUGGAUCCUUGUGUGGUUCCUUGUACAAGCAUACAGAGCCUGCAGGAUAAAAGUACGUUCAAAUCACUACCUCCUAUUAAGCCCAGAACAGGCAUCAUAGGAAUUGAACGUAGCCUUCAGGAGCAACAGAGAGCUACAGAUGAAAGUAUAAAUGUUGCCUUCCAGGACCUGAAGAAACUCAUGGGUAUGGCAAAGGAUAUGGUUUCAAUAACGAAAACAAUAUCAGCAAAAAUAAGGGAACGUCAAGGAGAUAUCACAGAAGAUGAGACUGUUAGAUUUAAAUCAUAUCUGAUGAGUUUGGGCAUCGAUGAUCCUGUGACCAGAGAUGCAUAUAAAAGUAGCAAUGAAUACUUCAGACAACUCGCCCGGCAACUUGCUGAAAUUUUAGAGGAACCGAUUAAAGAAGUAGGUGGUAUGAUGGUACUCACCGAUAUUUACUGUAGAGUUAAUAGAGCAAGAGGUUUAGAACUUUUAUCUCCUGAAGAUUUACUUAAUGCUUGUAGACAAUUAGCAUCAAUGAAUUUACCAAUAAUAUUAAGAAGGUUUGAUAGUGGUGUUAUGGUUCUUCAGUCUCAGACCCAUAGUGAUUAUGAAAUUACAGAAACAGUAGCUCAACUGAUUAAAAACAAAGGAUCAGUGACAGCAACAGAGUUAGCACAGACAGAAGGAAUUCCAGUAGUUCUAGCAUGUGAAAGGCUUUUAAUGACUGAAAAAUAUGGUAAAGCAUGUAGAGACGACUCUAUAGAAGCAUUGAGGUUUUAUCCUAAUUUGUUCCUAGAAAAAGAUACGUGAUAAAGAUAGAAAAAUUAGUAAAUUACUGAAAUGCAACUCCUAUUUAACAACUAUGGUGCAUUGUAUUUAAUAACAGAUCAAAUU